ACAAUGGGUUCGUGACUAGACUAGACGAAAGCCAAAUACGCCUAGUGAAUAAAAAAGGACGGUUGAAGGGGUUUGCAGGCACAGAUCGACCACUCAGUUCGCUCAAAGAAGCGUGAACAAAUUCACCUGCUUUACAUUUGUCCGUUUGCUGUGUUAACAGAAGUGUUAUGAACCCUACGGCCUGCAGGGAUCAAUUGAACCGACUCGUCCUGAUGAACGUGUCGCAGCAUUCUGUCAUGCAGUCCGUGGACAAGGAGAAGAUAUUCCAGUGGAUAAUUGAACUCUCCAAUCCGGAGACGCGCGAAAAUGCGCUUCUGGAACUGAGUAAGAAGCGCGAGGUUGUUCCCGACCUGGCUCCGAUGCUGUGGAACUCAUUUGGCACCAUUGCAGCUCUUCUGCAGGAAAUCAUCAACAUAUACCCUGCCAUUAACCCUCCAACACUCACUGCACACCAAUCCAAUAGGGUUUGCAAUGCACUGGCACUGUUGCAAUGUGUGGCUUCACACCCAGAUACUCGCACCUACUUCCUUGCAGCAAACAUCCCAUUGUUCCUGUACCCUUUCCUCCACACUGUCAGCAAGACGAGGCCAUUUGAAUAUUUACGUCUGACAAGCCUAGGUGUGAUUGGCGCUUUAGUCAAGACUGAUGAGCAAGAGGUGAUCAACUUCCUCCUGUCGACAGAGAUUAUUCCGCUCUGCCUACGGAUCAUGGAGUCUGGCAGUGAGCUCUCCAAGACGGUUGCCACUUUCAUCCUGCAGAAGAUUUUGGUUGAUGAGACUGGUCUUUCGUACAUCUGCCAGACGUACGAACGUUUCUCUCAUGUAGCCAUGAUCCUGGGCAAGAUGGUUCUGUCUUUGGCCAAGGAACAAACUGCACGCCUGCUAAAGCAUGUGGUCCGGUGCUACCUGAGGCUGUCUGACAAUCCAAGGGCUCGCGAAGCGCUGCGCCAGUGCCUGCCAGACCAGCUGAAGGACAACACAUUUGCAAGCUGCCUGCAGGAUGACAAGUCCACUUCACACUGGCUGGCCCAGCUGCUGAAGAACCUGGAGACGGCACCAGUCACAGAUCCCAGGCUUACCUACCAGGGGAGCCUUCCGUCCCAGUAGCCCCUCCUCAUCAACAUCCAGGAUGGCAGGGCAAGGUCACCACAAAGCCCCACCAUCAGCGGGAACUGAGUUUGUUGAAAGCAGCUGUAGUUUUAGCAUCAUUUGCUCGCAUGUGGUUUGUGUCUGCUCGAUGUCACCUUGGCAGACACCCAAUGUGACACCCUGCAAAGCAGGAGUACGAGAGAAGGCUGACUGGGUGCACAGUCUCCUUCUAGACUUUUUGGAUUACUGUGGCAGCGCAUGCAUAUCACUGCUCGCUCAUGUCAUUUUGAAUGUGCACAGUCAAAGUGUAGGUUGAGGCACGGCUGACCUGUUGUCUCUUUGCUGUCCAAAAGGUCUUGGAAGACAGUGGUUACUCGUAACAUCAGUGACAUUCAACCAGCCUUGCACCUGCCAUAAUGCUGUGAUGUUCUUGACAAUAGCCAGAAAUGUGUCAUUCACGAGAGCUACGCAAUUUCCCGAACACUAUUGAACAACUUCGUUUGAAAAAUUGGGCAGCUAUAUGUGACAUGUCAGACAAAUGCGUGUAAAUUUUCAGCUAAGCUGCAAUUGCCAUGUGAUAUUGUAGUGUCCCCCUAGGUGCCACUGAUGUGGUUGUCAGUUCAGCUGGCACAGGUUCAAAAUUGUGAAAGUGACAUCCGUUAAACUGAAAUAUGCAGUAAUCUUCUUGUUUUGCAGCUUUUGUGACCCUUCUGCAUGCCCAGUGUUUAGGAGUUAGUCAUACAUGCUUUGGUGCUCACCUUUAAGGCAACCGAGGUUAGCCUGUCUUUUGUCACAGUGCUUGGAAACAUGCAAUCAUCUUGCCCGUGUCCCGGAUGUGUGGCAAUAUUACCUAUGUGGAUUCUUGUUGAGCUAAAAGACAGUCUCUGUCAUCUGCCAAUACAUGUUAGUGGCUCUUGAGUUUUAAGAAAACUUGCUUUACGUUAUGGUAAAAGAGGAUGCCUACAACAGGCAGAUGUUGAGAUUGAGGUGCGCUGUUCUGUAGCACGAAACAAAAGGAUAACUUUGGAACAGUCCACACAAAAUGUGGAAAGUAACAACUGUUUAAUUUUAGAGGAGAUGGUGCUGCACUUCUAGCUAUGCAUAGUUAAAAAAGCCUCUGCAAAAAAAUAAAAAUAAAAUAAAGUAAAUAAAAUGUAUUCAAAGACACACAUGCAAGAUUUUGCCAAACCCCAAAAGAAUCCAUGUGUGUGUUGCUCUCCUAAUUUUAAGUUAUGCACUGCGUAGGAUCUAUUCUGUGAUCGUGUAGUAGAUGGUCUUGUAGAUGGAAUAUGCCUGAAAAUUGUUGGAGCAAUGUGUGCGUGCAUUAGUUUUUUCUCUACAAAGGGCUUGUGCAUGUGCCUGGAGCCUUUCUACAUAGGUAAGGGUACAGCACCAUUCGUUCCGCAGUGAGAUUUUGUUAGUUCCCGCUGUGUGUAUAUUGUCCACAGUUUUCCUUUUUUUUUUCUUUUGAUGUUUUGCGUGCUGAAUGAGCACUCCUGAAUUCAGUUUGUGGCUCACCGCAGAACUGAUUUGCUAAAACUAAAAAAAUGUGCAACUAGCCCAAUUUGCCAGCUCAAUAGGCAAAUAUUGUUUUAUUGGAUAAUCAAAAAGAAGGGAUCAAGUUUUACUUCAGUACACUGUUGGUUGCUUAGAACCACAUGACCUGUAAUGUGCUAUCCAUGUUGCACACGCUGCCCCUAUGACAGCUCUCUUUGAACCACUCUGUCUCCAUGUAAAUAGCGUAACUAAGUCCAACGUGCCACAAGCUCAGCCAAAUGUAAUGAACUUACACAUUUUUUAAAGAAUCUAUAGGUGGUGGAUGUAUUGCAACAGUAAUGUUACCACGUAGGGCUGAGCACAGGUCCUAUAUCUUCCUUCUUUGUACAUAACUUGUCACAAUGUACGUCUGUUAGUCAUUACACAAGAGAUUUAUCUGAAAAUUGAGGCUUCCCUGGUCUCUGGUGGUAAGAAAGAACAAGAAUGGAAACAGGGAUUGUGAUGCUUUUUCGUUUCCCUGUAGCUUCACUUUGCUGUCUUUCUUUGUUUAGCAUAAACUUGGAGCAUGUGCCCCUAAUUUACUUACUUUCUCAAGCCUGCACAGUUGCAGGUUUUUUUGCUGCAAACAAAUGUUUAUGUACACACUAUGUGCAAGCUUCAAGAGCAAGAUAAGGGGGCGCACAUCCUGUGAUUCGGUCUUUUAUACUUCAUUGUAUGUUUUGGGUGUCGGGAUGCUCGAGUGUGCACCAUAGAGAAUUAAAAACAAAUGUAUGCAUUUAGUUAGGAUAAGCUUUAGUUGAGCCUCUUUUUCUAUCCUUAGCUUUAUCUCUCCACAUCUAGUUUUCAGCAACAACGUCAUUUUCCUGGUAGGGCUGUCCCGGUGCCCUAGCUCUGGCGUCCUCCUCAAGGAUUUCUUGACUUAGUUAAUGCUUAGGCUAGAUAUGACUACCAGGAAGGCUUGCAUUUUCAUUUUUAUGUUGCGGAUGGCACACUGUAUAAAUGUUUAACGCAAAUUUCAAAUGGUAGGUGGUAAGGUGUUAUGAAUUGUGGUGCGGAACAUGGAUGAACUUCAAUAUGGCUAGAUAAGAAGUUAAUUAUGUGUAUGGCUUUCAGACCUUGACUCUUGGGACACAAAACAAGAAAGCAAUGUAAGCAAAUUUUUUUUGUAAACAUAUUUUAUGGCCUGUAUCUAUAUGCGCAGGUGUACAGUUUUACGUGUACAGUCCUCUAGCGCUUAAUAUUCAUGUCAUUACUUAACGGUGAACACUAGGUGAAAGAGAAUUGGGUGGCUCCUUAUACUUUUUUUUCUUGGAGUCAAUAUUAUUAAUGCUAAUUACAUUUUGCAGGCCACUUAGCUGGUACGGUAGACAAAAACACCUAGAGAAGUUACUUCAUUUUUGACUACUUGUUAUUUGUCACCCUGUGGUCACCUUGUGUACAAUGCCUUUUUUUAACCAUAUUGUUGGAAGCUGACCAGGGUGCAGAUAAUUGCGAAAAGUGUGUAUUUUUUUGAAAUUGUAAUUACUUUUGCAUAUCAGAAGUACUGUUGUUGUAUUCAUAAGCCAGUGAUGGGUGUUUUCUCUUUAUCCCAGCCAACAGCUUCAUCCUUGCUAAGCUUUUGUACCAGUGGUAGUGAGUGAAGUGGCGUGCCACUUGUCUACUCUAGAUUACCAGUAGUACUCCGCUACUCCACUCAUUCUGAGGCUUCCAAGGUUUCACAGUAUGGAAAGAAAACUGGGCCAUAACAUGACAUAGUCAAGGAAGCAUCUUUGCGUUACAAUAAUGUUACCUUCGUGCUCUUGUCUUUAGCUGUAAUGAUUGUGUGAACAAUGCAUUUUGAGGUGUCUUGAUAUUCUGGACUGAUAAGAUAUCAAUUGACAGCGCACAUUGAGGCACAAUUUACUGGUGCUUAGUGUUACCUUGAGUGUGAUGAUUUCAUGUGUGUGUUUGUGUGUUAGUGUUGUGAGAGAUUUAUCUGUUUGUACCAAAGAGGCAUUUGCCACUGCCAUCAGAAUGUCAUACAAAUUGUGAGAUGUAAACUUUUGAUGACUUUGAAGUUACCUGGAAGUGAGUGCUCUGAAUUGUAAAUUGCACACAAAAAUCAUGAGAGCAUAAAUUGCAUUCAUACAGGGCAGUGAAUAGCCACUACUAGCAAGCUCUGCCCCUUUUCCAGUAAUGAACUGCAUGGGGGGCUUGCAAUUGACUGAUUUUCACAAGAAUCUCAACAUAAUAGACUCCUUUUGGUAUUUUGAUUAGUUGAAAUGGGCUCAUGUCAGUGUCACUCUAAAUUGUGAGAGCUGUAUUAUAGAGCAUCUUCAUUGUUUUGUAUGUAAACGAUGGCAUCAUACAUGCCUGCUUAAAUCACAGCGUAUUGGUUCAUGUCCUGGCAUGUGCUCUUGUGCUGUUUGUGACCUGCAUGCCAGUAGGCAAAUGAUCUAUGAAUAGCUUGUACAUGUGAUUUGUUCUUUUUUUUUUCGUAAAUAACCAAAAAUCAAAGUGCUUGCACAGAGCAAAACUUACAAGACAUGCCAGAUGUCAUUGUGAAAAGUUUCUAGUGUAUUUAGGCCGUCAUCUACACGAACGCACAAAUGUAAAACUUGUCUUUGUUGACAGCACCUGUCUCUUCAUGUAUUGGAAUUCUGGCUGUUGGGUUUGCUCGUCAAUGAUUUCGUGCGCUCUUUGUCGACAAAGAAUGUAUGUCAGAACAUUGUACUGGUUGCUGAUAAGCAGGCUUACAAAAACUGGAUGCCUUCUUUUGAGUGUUGUCGUGAGCUCGUGGUGUUUCCUCUGCAUUCCUACUUUGGGACCAUCCAGGUUGGAAUGGUGAGGGAGAAAGUUGAUUGUGAACGCCAAGUCAUGCUCCAUCUGCUGGGUUGUGCCACUUUGUCACUUGUGAUUCUCAAAGUACAAAGGCUGGUUUUAAAAGAGCAAUAAACUGUGCACUGCAAA